AUGCGAACUUCUUCCACUCCUGCGUGCGCCUCUUCCGCUCGUGCGCGCACUCCUUCCGUUCAUGCACGCACUAUUCAGCGUCCCAUCAUUAAUAUCUCUGACUCUGAUGGCGAUGGUGAUAUGCCGCUGAUCCCCACAAGUCCACCUCGUGCCCCUCGCUAUAUCGACCGUGGCAUGUCCAUGGAUUCCCAUCACGAGUCUCGCCAUACCUUGCCAUCCGACUCGGGAUCGCGUACAGAGCCUUUGCCUACUGCCUCAUUAUCAGAUCUACCUUCAGAUCCGCCUCCAUCUUACUCUGCCGACUACUACAUCAGUCCUGACAUUUGCACGUUCAGCUUCAGUGACACAAUAUCCCAGUAUCUUGAGAUGCUGCGUGUCGAUGCGUGGCAGUGCGUGAAAAUCGAUCGGAGCCUGGAUUAUCACGUCACAGACUGGGAGGUCCUCUUUCAACAAGGAGAGCUAACUGCAGAGCAAGCUCGCGCCCUUCGCGAGCUCAUCUUUGAGGAGCUAUCGCCAGAAUCUCGUGCACUAAUGUUUGUUACAUGUGGGGGACCGAAUUUGUCGGACUGA